AUGUCUGAAAUCACACAAGGACUUAGGAAUAGGUUCCACAACUCCACCAAAGAUUCCACAGAGGAGUUGUUGAUAGAGAAAUUAGACAUUUUCUUGUCGUCAAUAGAGUCCAGGUUAGACCAGUUUGAGAGGUACUUUAAGUUCAACAAUAUUGAGGAUCUUGAUGAAUACUAUGAAGAGGAAAAGACCAAAGAGGUAGAGUCCGGAGAAGAGACCGACGAAUCCCACCAGGGACAUGGCAGAAGAACAAGUGUUUCCAGCGUUCUGUCGUUCAAGAGCUUUGCAAACCUAGAUAUGAUCCACCAGAGAUUAAAACUUAUCAAACAAUCGGUACUCAAAUCGUCGAUUCUGAACUUGGAAUACUUGUACAAAACUUUGGAUGAUCUGUACAGCUACAUGUUCAAUUCUAGCGAGCCGUUGAUUUCGAGUGAUAUAUCUUUUGACAACUCAAAAGAGAUCUUGAGUCAAAAGAUCAUCGACACUUUACAAUACUUUGAUGAAAGGCUCACCCACAUAGACGAUAUGAUCCAAAGAAAAACCAACCAAGUGAUCACAGACGAGUCGAUUUUCAACAUCUUCAAGUUCUACAACUUCAACAAGGCAUUAAAGCUUGGUCAACAUAACUACUUACACUACUACCAGAUGCCCCUCGGUUGGAGAGAAAACAGGUACAUCAUCAACGGAUACCGGUUUUCCUUGAGCCACUGGUCGAUGUUCAAGUCCAUUUUUCACUUCAACCACAACGAGUCCAUGAAUAUCUGGACCCACAUAGUGGGAUUGGGGAUUCUCUUUUAUUUGGGGUUGGUGCACUUACCAUCCACAGAAGUGUUCAGCAAAAACACAUUUGAAGACAACUUGGCCAUCUACUUUUUCUUGUUCUGUGCAGUGGCAUGCUUGACUUGCUCCACUAUUUGGCACACAUACUCAUGUUUUGCCAGAAUAUCGACCAGGUAUAAUUGUGCGUGUGUGGAUUAUACCGGAAUAACCUUCUUGAUCACAUCAUCUGUUGUGUCUGUUGAGUAUGCAGCAUUGUUCAACUAUCCCAAAUUGUUCAGGACGUUCAUGACCAUUUCGAUUGUCAGUGGGGUUGGAGGUUUGGCAUUCAACUGGUCUCCGUACUUUGAUAAACCCGAGUGCAGGUCCAUUCGAAUUGGUUACUUUGUUGGUUUAGCAGCUUUGGGGGUUGGAACCGUCAUGCUGUUGUGCUUUUACGAAGGGUUUGUCAAGUCGUUCCAGUUCAUCAUUCCUAUUUUCUACAAGAGUUUUGUUUGGUACUGGAUUGGUGUAUGUUUCUAUGGUGGACUCAUUCCAGAAAGAUGGAGAUAUGAUGUGAUCAUAAAUGAAGACGAGUGCUGUCAGCAUGAGCAUAGUGCUUCUGACAUUUUGGCAGGAAACCCAGAAAAGAGUGGAGAAGAAGAGUAUAAAGACAUUGAAAACGAUAUUACUAACCAGAUCUUAAAUGAAAAACCCCCAUCUGACCACGAGUCUGAAGCAAUGGAACACGAGAAGUUCAAGUCCAUUAUUAACAAGCAUUUCCCUGAACAACCAAUUCAAACCAACUAUAAGACCGAUUUCUUUUCUUUAUGGUGGGUGGACUACGCAUUUUCCAGUCACAACAUAUGGCAUAUCCUAGUGGUUUUUGGCGUUCUUGGUCACUACUCGUGUCUCUUAGAAAUGUUUUCCAAUAUCUCUCGUUAA